AUGUCAAAGGAAAAGUUGAACCCAUUAGCUGUAGCUAAACUAUUAGGACCAUCAAAUCCAAAAUUGGAUCAUCUUGUACGAUUUUUAAACUCUGUGAGAGGAACGGAUAAAGUGUUGAUGUUUAUUCAAUAUUGGUCAAAAGUCAUCAUUUGGUAUCUUCAACGUCGUUCACCUGUUAAAACUGCAAGUUCAGCUAUUUCAUUAGCUCAGCGUAUUCAAAACCUUGCUUCACCUGUGAGUGACUUUCGUAUUUUGUUACGUUAUUAUGGAUUAUUGCCUAUGGUUCAAUACAUGAAUUAUAUUGAAUAUAAUCCACCUUCUAGUAAGAUCGCAUUGACUAUCGAACGUCUUCAGAAUUGGUCCAAUAUUAUAUACUAUCCUUUGGAACACAUCUAUUGGUUGGGUGCACAUCAAGUCAUUCCCAUUAGUGAAGAAAAGACAAACAAGAUUGGCAUGUGGAGUUGUCGUUUCUGGGCUGCUUAUGUCAUUCUGGAAUAUGGUCGCUUGGCAGAACAGUAUAGAAACUUGAGAAAUAGAGAGACAUCUUUAUUGAAGCGUAUCAAGGCGGGAGAUAUCGAAACUCAUGAAGAUCCUGAGGCUGAAAUGGCAGCUAUAAAGGCUGAGAGAUCAAGUAUGAUCGUAAACACAUGUAUCAAUACAGGCUAUUUACCCUUAACCGUUCAUUGGUCACUUGAGAAAUCAAGCUUCCCUGAUGUGCUAGUAGGUGUAUUUGGAGGUUUUGCUUCUAUAUUCCAAAUUUAUGCUGCAUGGCAAUCUACUGCUUAG